AUGGAGAAAUUCUCCCAAUUCCGAGAUCGAGGAUCCGGAAUCGCACCUUUUCUCCCCAUUCCCUCGGAGCCCCUCGGCCUGCAGGCUCCCCUGCGCAUCUUUCUUUUCUGCUUCCGCUUGCCUCUUUUCAUCUUCGUCAUCUUAGCCUAUUUCCUGGUCCUCCAAUGGCUUCCAAUCGGGUCCCUGGGCAAGAAGGCAGCGCUAUGGUGCAUCCUUGGAGUGCCCAGUAUUUGGUGGAUCGACCUGCAAAUUGAUGGAGUCAAAAGAGGCUCCCUCUCCAGACAACAGCAAGCGCGUCUCCCACAGCCAGGCUCAGUCAUCGCAUCUUCGUUUACCUCGCCCAUUGACGCAGUCUAUCUAGCCGCGAUCUUUGACCCCGUCUUCACCGCCGCCUACCCGAACACGCGACAGGUCGAGCGCAUUUCUCUCCUCCAGGCGGUGCUCCGCGCAUUCGCCGCGCCCUGCCCAGAACCAGCGCCGGGGACCAAGCUCGUCGACGUUGGCGACUUGGUGAAGAAGCACCCGAACCGCCCAGUCGUCAUUUUCCCCGAAUGCACCACGACCAACAGCCGCGGCAUUCUCCCCCUCAGCCACGCGCUGCUGAGCGUGCCGGCGAGAACUAAGAUCUUCCCGGUCAGUCUACGGUAUACGCCCGUGGACGUGGUAACCCCUCUCCCAGGAACUUACAUCAGCUUCCUAUGGACACUGCUGAGCAAGCCGACACACUGCAUCCGAGUGCGGAUUGCGGAGUGUAUUAGCAGCAGUACGAACUCGAUUGAUGCGCCCCCGGCUCUCUCGACCCGCAAGUCUACCUAUAACACUAACUACCUGGACACGCUCGAUCAAGAGGGUGUAGAUAGUGGUAUCACUGCGAGCGAAAAGGCGCUGCUUGAUCAGGUAGGCGAGUCGUUGGCUCGACUAGGCCGGGUCAAGCGCGUUGGUCUGGGGGUCAAAGAAAAGGAGGAGUUUGUGCGUGUGUGGACUAAGAACCGGAGGAUUUGGUGA